AAGUUUCUAAUAUUCUAUUUCUAUCCAUCUCGCUUUGAAAAGCUAUAAUAAAUCCGACUACCAGAAACGGUUCAUUCGUGAAAAUUCAAGUGUUUGGUAUGCUCUACACAACCGAUUCCAUGACGAUAAGAACAGUGAAAGUGAGCAAUGUUUCAUUAGGUGCAUCUGAGCAAGAUAUAAAGGAGUUCUUUUCCUUUUCUGGGGAAAUUGAACAUGUUGAGAUGCACAGUGGCAAUGAGCGGUCUCAAAUUGCAUAUGUUGUCUUCAAGGAUCCCCAGGGGGCAGAGACAGCAGUUCUUCUUUCGGGGGCAACCAUAGUGGAUCAGUCUGUAACAAUAGAUUUGGAUUCAGAUUUUAAGCCACCUGCUGCUGCGUCAGUUCCACCUCAUGCCACAGAGAACAAAAAUGCUGGUGGUGCUGAAUCUGCUGUCCAGAAGGCAGAGGAUGUUGUAAGCACCAUGCUGGCCAAGGGCUUUGUUCUUGGUAAAGAUGCAGUCAACAAAGCAAAGGCCUUUGAUGAGAAGCACCGGUUCACAUCUACUGCCACUGCAACAGUUGUUUCUAUUGAUCAAAAAAUUGGUCUUACCGAGAAAAUAAGUACUGGCACAUCUCUUGUCAAUGACAAAGUUAGGGAAAUGGAUGAAAAGUUUCAGGUUUCUGAAAAGACCAAGUCUGCCUUGUCAGCUGCUGAGCAGACAGUUAGUAAUGCAGGAUCUGCUAUCAUGAAGAACCGCUAUGUUCUGACUGGGGCUUCGUGGGUUACUGGUGCAUUUAAUCGGGUCUCAAAGGCAGCUGGGGAAGUGAGUGAGAAGACACGAGAGAAGGUGUCGGCUGAAGAGGGAGAGGCUCGAAAAGCAGAAGGCUAUGUUCAGGUUCACAAGUCUGAAUCUUCGAAGGCUGCAGACUAGGAAUGUACGACACUUUAUGCUGUAAGUUGAAACUUUGGUUUUCUAAAAGCUGUGUAAAUUCCUUGUUAAAGAAUCUGAAUCUUAUCGUCCAAUGACUAGUUUGGAAGCAGUUAAUAUAGGACAACUUGUCAUUUUUAA